AUGGGUGCUGCUUACCACAUCAUGGGUCGUUCUGUGCCCGCUCACCAAUUGGCCAUCGCCACCUUGGGUCUUGUCACCCUUUUGGCUAUCCCUAAGCCUUGGAAUCCUGCUCCCAAGCAUCCUAAGAUCAUUGCCGAGUCGGAGGAUGAGAAGAAAUUUAUCGAAAACUACGUUCAAGACCACUUGAAGGCUGAAAAGCACUAA